AUGCGUCAUGAGGAGCGCGACGCAGCGCUAGCGUCUCUCAUUCAUGUCCUCGAACCAGCGACCUACCCCCUCGAGGACUAUGACGCAGCACUCGACCGUGCCAACAAUGACGUGAGCCGUGCUGCUGAGUUGCUCCUCCUCGGCUUGGGGGAAGGCUCUGGUUCGAGCCAAGGGUCGAAGGGAAGGAAACGACAACGGGGCAUCGACUUCUUCAUGAAACCAAAACCUUCCUUGACAUCAAGUCCCAACUCCAAACGCGCGAAAGGCAGUUCCACCUCGCGCGACCCUACGCCUCCAGAAGCUCCGCCAGAACCGUUUCCGGAGAUCGAUCGCGAGGCGCAGAAAGGGGCAUGGUCUUCUCUCCUGAAGUCUUCUGCGCCUAAACCACGUCUCGCUUCAGGAUCAGAACCACUGAAGCUUCCUCCACUCCGUCUCGGUACGCCAGCUGCCAUCAAAGCGUCUGGCAUCCCCGUCGCCAUGCUCCAGUCUCCGCUCAGCCCUCAAUUCGCAGCCCAGCUGUACCAUGUCAUGAUGGCCGAGUCGCCGAAGUGGAACUACAACAAGUUUUUCCUGAACGGGCGCGAGUGCAUGUCCAACCACUCUAGCUCGACGUACAGCCGCACACCCAAAGUAUUCGGUAUCUGGCGCGACUAUGUUCUGUCUGGAGCGCCUGUAGAGUACUUUAAAAUGCCACCGGAGCUCGAGAAAGCGGCCCUCCUCGUCGAAGACGCUGUCAACGAGUACCUGGACAGCGUGCCGCGGUAUCCGCUCGAGUGGCGGGGCCGGUGGCGCGCAAACAUGUGCGGCGCAAAUCGCUACGAAGGAGCCGCAGCAACCGUCGGUUUCCACGCCGACCAACUGACAAACCUGGGUCCGUACCCGACCAUCGCCAGUCUUUCGCUCGGCGUCCCUCGCGCAUUCCGGGUGAGACCGAGCGCGUCCGAGCUUGACUCCGGCCCGCUCGAUAACUCUGUCUCGGAAGCUGACCCCAGCAUCCCCCCGCAGAAAGCAAUCGAUAUCUACCGUCCCCAGUGGGACAGGGAGGGCAACCCCGUCCCGCCAGAAAAGCAGGAAACGUACACGUCGCGCAUCAACAUCACCUUCCGCUUUUAUCGUGACGGUAAGCUGCUCCUUCACCCCGAAGCUGACACCCAGACUUCCUCUCAGAACGCACGCCCAAAUGUAAAUGCGAUCUGCCCAUGUGCGUCCCUCCGCGCCGACCAGAAAGGCAAAGUGCGCGCCGCGCACGGGAUCCGGCCCACGAGCGUGAGCACGGUGAACGGGCGCCAGAUCGUGGACGACGGCAUGGUCUUCUUCUGGCAGUGCCAGGGCUCACGGGCCGGCAAGACGGAGUGCAACACGUUCAAGAUCCUUGAUAUCAACGCUGAAGGUCGGGGACCGUGUAUGCGUGACCCGGGGCCUGAUUUCGAGCCGGACGAGGAGCAACAGCCGGUUAAGAAAGAGAUUGACGUGAAGAACGAGCCUAUGGUGAAGUCGGAAGCAGAGGCGGGCCGUGCAGACGAGCACGUGUCUGAUAGACCAAACAAUACACUCGCGAGCCUGCGUCUUCAAUCGUGA